AUUAUAUCCUGAUUAACCGAUAUCAAACAUUGACCAUUUCUUGAUCUGCCAUUUGAGGGUUGGGAUUGUUCUCAAGUUUUUUCUCGAAACACCAAACAAGUGAUCCUAAACUUUAUUCUCUUCUUUUGAUCUCAUUGUCGUGUUUAUGUUUUGCUGUCGUUAAUUUCGUUGCAUGAUUAAGCUUUGUAUAGAUUAAUUAAACAAAAAAAAGACAGUUUGAAAUUUGUGAGAUCGGUGUAAUGUUAAAAUAAAUAAAAAAGCUAUGGGGAUUAGAAGUGAUCUUGUUUGUGAAAUAUGUUGUUAUCUUUGGUGAGCAAGCGCUCACUGGAGGUAGAUUCCAGGGACGCCUAUGGAUUUGCCCUGAGACCUCAACACGUUCAAAGAUAUCACGAAUACCUUAGCAUCUAUACGGAGGAAGAGACAGAGAGGGGAGAGAAAUGGAAAAACUUUCUUGACCGGCUUGACCAUUCCCCUGAACCUUGUUCCUCAGAAGAAGAGUUCCAGGAUACAUUCCCUGCUGAUGAUGAUGGUUCGGAAUCUGGAGAGGAGAGUGCUGCUUCAGGGGAGGGUUCAAGAAAGGAGAAACAUGAAUCUGAACUUGGUGAUGAUGAAGAAGUGCAGCAGUCUGAGAAAUGUACCUCAGAAACAGCUGAUGAGGUUUUAAAAGAGAGUGAAUUAGACAAGGAGGCAGAGGUUCUUGAAAAAGACAGCAAACCUGUGGAGGAUAAUAAUAAUAAUAAGGAGCAACUUGAAUCUAAAGAGGAGAGUGGUUCAGAGGAGGGUUCAAGAAACGGGAAGCAUGAAUCUGAAUUUGGUAGUAAAGAAGUGCAGGAUCCUGAAACAGUUGAUGAGGUUUCAAAAGAGAGUGAACCAGACAAGGAGGCAGAGUAUUUGAGAGUGAAGAGUCUUGAGAAAGACAGCAAACCUGUGGAGGAUGAUGAUAACGAGCAAUCUGAAUCUGAAAAGGACAAGGAGAAGGAGCAUUCAGAGGAAAGUGGAUCUGAUGACGAGAAACAAACUCAAUCAGUAAAACAAACCGUAGAUCAUGUAGACCUUCAACAAGGAAAUGAAACAGAAAAGCCUGUGGCAGAAGCAGAUAAAUGUCAUGAAAAAGAACAACAACACAAGAAGUCCCGUUCAGUCAUAGAAUGGGCUGACAUUAGACCUUGUCUUGGCUCCAUAGAGGAUAUGAUGUGCACUCGUGUGAAGAACAUAAUGUCUAUGAAAAACAGUCGAAGAAGCGACCAUGCUUCAUCGAUAAACAAAUCACUGUCUUCCAUUGGAGAAUCUGAACAAGACCAUGACAGUGAGACUUCCGUUGGUAGAUCGGAUUCAAUAAAAGAAGAAAAUGAUGCUCAAAGUAGUGUUACUCCAAAGCCAUUCUUCCCUUGGUAUGAGGAACUUGAGGUACUUGUUCGUUUAGGAGUACCAAAGGAUCUCAGAGGAGAGGUCUGGCAAGCCUUUGUAGGUGUGAAGGCAAGACGAGUGGAUAAUUACUAUCAUGAUUUGUUGGACCACAUAACUAACUUUGAUGAAAGCAAGGAACAUGAUGUUCAAAGAAAGUGGAAGAAACAAAUUGAAAAGGAUAUACCUAGGACGUUCCCUGGCCACCCUGCUUUGAAUGAGAAUGGUCGAGAUUCCUUAAGGAGGAUACUUCUUGCUUAUGCUUGUCACAACCCAUCUGUUGGUUACUGCCAGGCUAUGAACUUCUUUGCUGGCCUGUUGCUUCUGUUGAUGCCAGAGGAAAAUGCAUUUUGGACUUUGGUUGGAGUCAUUGAUGAGUAUUUUGAUGGCUACUAUACAGAGGAGAUGAUAGAAUCCCAGGUUGAUCAACUAGUGUUUGAAGAGUUGAUGAGAGAAAGAUUCCCAAAACUCGUUAAUCAUCUGGAUUACUUGGGAGUGCAGGUAGCAUGGAUCUCUGGGCCAUGGUUUCUAUCUAUUUUUGUGAAUAUACUUCCUUGGGAAUGUGUUCUGAGGAUGUGGGAUGUGCUUCUCUUUGAAGGAAACCGUGUAGUCUUGUUCAGAACAGCAUUUGCAUUAAUGGAACUAUAUGGUCCUGCGAUUAUUGCCACACAAGAUGCAGGAGAUGCGAUCACUUCACUACAAGCACUUGCUAGUUCAACGUUUGAUAGCAGCCAACUUGUUCUGACCGCAUGCAUGGGUUAUUUAUCGACGAAUGAGGCUAGACUGGAGGAGCUUAGAGUAAUACAUAGACCGGCGGUGCUGGAGAUAGUUGAGGAAAGAAUGCAGAAAGGUCGUGUCUGGAAAGACAAAAAAGGAUUGGCUUCUAAGUUAUAUAGCUUUAAACAUGAAGGCUCUAUCUUAUUAGAUGAACAAAACUCUACUCAAAAGGAAGAUGGUGAGAAUCUAGAAGAUGGCUCAAAUGUUGAUUUGGAAUUAGACUCUUUGCCAGAUCUUCAAGAGCAGGCGGUAUGGUUGAAGGUUGAACUAUGCAGACUGUUGGAGGAGAAAAGAUCAGCUGUCUUAAGAGCUGAGGAGUUAGAGAUUGCUUUGAUGGAGAUGGUCAAAGAAGAUAACAGACUUGAACUAAGUGCAAGGGUUGAAGAACUGGAGAAGGAAGUGAGAGAUCUAAAGCAAGCCCUUUCUGACAAAAAAGAACAAGAAACAGCCAUGCUUCAGGUCCUGAUGAAAGUUGAGCAAGACCAGAAGCUCACAGAAGAUGCUAGGGUAAGUGCAGAGCAGGAUGCAGCUGCACAAAAAUAUGCAGUACACGUCCUUCAGGAAAAGAAUGAGAAGCUUGCGGCUCAACUCGCUCAAAUGGAGAAGAGAGUAGUUACAGCAGAAACAACUCUAGAAGCUACUUUGCAAUAUGAGUCAGGUCAAAACAAAGCACUAUCAUCUCCAAGGUUUGCUCCACAGGAGACACUGAAAAAGAAGACAGGCUUCCUAUCAUUUGGGCUUGGCUGGCGAGAAAGGAACAAGGCAAAACAACCUGAAGAAACAAAUGAUGAUAGCACUAGUAAUGCAACAUCUGAACCUAAAUCUCCUGAAGAAAGCAAAUCGGAAGAUCUUUUGAAUCCGGAGACAAAACGCUAGCCUACAAAGAGUCUUUAUAGUUUCUGUCUAUACAGAUUGUUGAAGAGGCUCAUGCUUUGCCGGAAAAUCUUUUUUUUUUUUUCUGAUGAAGUCACUCUAAGCUGUUUCUCAAGCCUCUCAACUUCAAGAGCUUACCUGCAAACUCAAAUGGAGCAAAACUUUGCUCAAUGUUUCUUUAUAAAAUUAUAAGCAGAAUAGUUUUAAAAUGUGCACAACAAGAAAUUCAUAUUAAGUACAUUUAAUUUGAUAGAAUUCAUAUUGAAAACAGGUAACCUGCUAACUAUAUUCUUGUUGGCAUAUGGUAUGGUUCACUGUUGACAUA